UUCCUCUUUGCAUGCAUGGUUUCCAAGUUCUUGCAGCAGCCGGAGGCGUCCAACAGUUGGAGAUUUAUGCAAAGUCGGAGUGAGUGAAAGCUUGGAAUUCAUGCUCAAUACGCGGUGAAAGUGUUAUCUUUUAUGCAUCUAACCGUUGGACUUGCAAACACAAUGACGAGAGAAUUUCUCCCCCUGUUAAGGUGUGGACUAGCUGCAUGGAGUUCGUCCCAUCGAUGCAGUUAUCGGGUAGCGAGACAUGGAAGCUGGCACCUUGGCUUCAACUGGGCAUAGAACGGUGCAGGUGGAAAUGGAGUGAGGAAAUCAGAGUGCACAUCAGCAUAGCUUCCUCGAGUGCUAAUUAUAGUAAAGUUGCAGUAGCUGCAAAUGGUAACUUGUUGAUUCGGUCAGAUAAUUUACAUGAAUCUGCUACUGAACACAACUCUCUGCUAAGGAUACGAUGCUCAUGGGAAAUCACUGUCCGGCCAUUGAGGUAUGUCGUCGAUCUGAUGCUUCCCAUGGAGGGACGGGAGCUCAAAGAAUGGGGGGUCGCAGGAGUUUGACUGAGCAUCGAUCAUAGAUCGUUCCACAAUCUCCGGCUUUCCCCUUUCCUACGGUGAGGAGCCAUUUCUUUUUUCUUCUCUGUGAACAUUCUUUUUCAGGGAACCCACAGCAGCCGUCCGCGGGAAACGAAUUGUUGGAGUUGUGAGUCAAUUCCAUGCUUUUGCUUCUAUGCCUCCCUUUCAAUGCUAGAAGAAGAGCAUGCACGAAUUGGGUCUCAAGCUAGAGGCUCUUGAAGCCACUAAGUUGAGCAUCCUCAAACUCCUGCUGGCGAUCACAGCUAAGGAAAACUGCUUGCUGCUUGGCAAAAGUUUGUUAAAAUGUCUCAACGAAUUGUCAUUGUGAAAUUCACUUGAGCAACCGUCAAAAC